ACAUGAGAGGACAGUCUUUUUCUAAUGCCAACAAAGGAGUCGUAGCUUCAAGUCUAAAAGUUGCAAUUUUGUCGCAGCUGUAUCCUUGCUAUUGGUGGAAGAUACUUCAUUAUCAUGACGAAACUGUUUCGAAACAGCCGCACUAGCUCACUGUAUGCUGGCCCUCUUAAUCUAUCAUUGUCGAAUAGGACAACCGUAAUACCAUGUGAAAGCAUUUGCUACUCCCAUGGAUGUGCAUAUAUGCCCGUCUCCCCCCUUCUCUCUCUCUCUCCCUCUCUCUCUCAGAUAGAAGGCUCUAGUUUGCUCACAAGAGUGAAGAAUAAGCAUGAAGCUAUGUGUAGCAGUUCUCCUUCUCUACAUGUUCCAGUUGAUCCAUGGACAGCCUGAUUAUCAAGGUUUCAUAAGCAUCGAUUGUGGCAUCCCAGUGAAUUCUACCUACCAAGAUUCCAUUACAAAUAUAGUAUAUGUAUCAGACUAUGGUUUCAUCACCACGGGAGAAAACCGCAACAUCUCCUCAGAUUACAUGGAUCCAUCACUGGCGAAAAGCUAUUCCAAUCUCCGGUUCUUUCCACAUGGUCCGAGGAAUUGCUACACCUUGAGAUCCUUGGUGAUGGGAAACAAGUACCUUGUUCGUGCCUCCUUCUACUAUGGAAACUAUGAUGGCUUGGGCAAACCUCCUGUCUUUGAUCUUUACCUGGGGACAAACUACUGGCAUGAAGUAAACUACAGUGAUGCAGGAGCAUUCAACUGGAUGGACAUCUUACUUGUGGCUCCUACUGAUUACUUGCAAGUUUGUUUGGUGAACAAAGGUACGGGGAAUCCAUUUAUUUCUGGGCUGGAGUUGAGGCCACUGAAUACCACCCUCUACCCAGAGGUAAAUGCAAGUCAAUUGCUCGUGCUGGUUAAUUCUAAUCGGUUCCACACGGGGCCCACAGAAAAUUCAAUAAUCAGGUACCCCUCGGAUCCCCAAGAUCGCAUCUGGACUACAUAUAAUGCGAUUCCGAACUGUACUAAGAUAUCUGCAACAUCUCCAAUGCAUAAUAACCUCAGGGAUGUGUACAAUGUGCCAUCAUCUGUUAUGCAAAAUGCAGCGACUGUUAAUAGCUCAAGAAUUGAUUUCUCAUGGAAUCCAUCUGAUCCAUCGGCGAACAUAAACUCCAAAUACUUCUUUAUUUUCUACUUUGCUGAGCUGCAGCAUGUACCGAGCAAAGCGGUGAGGCAGUUUGAUAUCAUUGUCAAUAACAAGACAUGGAACGGGCGACCUUACACCCCAACAUUCCUAUUUGCCAAUUAUUUUUCCGGUGUUGUGCAAGGGAUGGAAAAUUAUAGUGUCUCACUUGUUUCUACAAAAAAUGCAACACUUCCACCUAUCCUCAAUGCCAUGGAGAUGUACUUGGUGAAACUGGUAACUCCGGUUGCAACUGAUCCUGGAGACGCUAGAGCUAUGAUGGCAACCCAAGACAAUUUUGGUGUCGUAAAAAACUGGAUGGGUGAUCCAUGUACACCGAAAGCUUUUGUGUGGAGAGGAUUAAACUGCUCAUAUCCACCAGCAAGUCCCUCUGAAAUAAUGGGACUAAACUUGUCUUCCUUUGGGUUAGUUGGUGCCAUCUCUACUAAUUUUAGAGAUCUCAAAGCACUCCAGUAUCUGGAUUUUUCACACAACAACUUAUCUGGUCCUAUUCCAAAUUUUCUCGGGCAACUUUCAUCACUAAUGUUUCUGGAUUUGUCCAGCAAUGAUCUAAGUGGACCAAUUCCUUACGGCCUUUUACAAAGAUCCCAAAAUGGAUCCCUAUCACUAAGGGUCGGUGGCAAUGCAAAUCUGUGUGGCAAUGGUACUGCCUGCAGACCAGUUCGAAAGAAGAUCAACGGGAAACUUCUCGCUGCAAUAGUUGUCCCAAUAGUUAUUGCCUUCGCACUAUUUGUUAUAUUAUUUUUGCUGCGCCAAGCGUUCAAAGGAAAAGCUAAGCAGAAGGCUACUGGUCAUCAAGAUGGAUCAGCAUUACUUGGGAGCCGAGAGUUCUCCUACAAAGAACUGAAGCAUAUUACGAAUAACUUUAGCCAAGAGAUUGGAAAGGGAGGGUUUGGACCUGUCUUCCUUGGUUGCUUGGAGAAUGGAAACCCAGUUGCUGUGAAAGUGCGUUCUGAGUCAUCUUCCCAAGGGGGUAAAGAGUUUCUUGCUGAGGCUCAGCACUUGACCAGGAUUCAUCACAAGAACUUAGUUUCUUUGAUUGGCUACUGCAAGGACAGAAAUCAUCUGGCUCUUGUUUACGAGUACAUGCCCGAAGGGAGCCUGCAGGAUCAUCUGAGAGCCACUUCUACUAGUAAACCACUCACUUGGAAGCAGCGUCUUCAGAUCGCCCUUGAUGCUGCACAAGGUCUUGAGUAUCUGCACAUUGCUUGUAAGCCAGCAUUGAUUCACAGAGAUGUGAAGAGCAGGAACAUCCUCCUGACCACAGAUCUUGGGGCUAAGAUUGCUGAUUUUGGCCUGACCAAGGCUUUCAGCGACUCCAAAACACAUAUAACUACUGAGCCCGCCGGUACCUUCGGGUGCUUCCGCAGUUAUCACAUCAGCGAGAAGAGCGACCUAUACAGCUUCGGCGUGGUCCUCCUGGAGCUCAUCACAGGCCGUGCCCCGGUCAUACCGAUUAGCGACAUCAUGAACAUCCACAUUGGCGAGUGGGUGCACGAGAGCCUCGACCAAGGAAACAUCGAGAGCAUUGUGGAUGCAAAGAUGGGAGGGGACUAUGACAUCAACUCUGUCUGGAAAGCUGCUGACUUGGCGCUGCAUUGCAAGCAAGAGGUCUCCCCGGAACGGCCGACUAUGGCGGAGGUGGUGUCACAGCUUAAGGAGUGCUUGGAGCUCGACAAUCGUUUUAGCGAGAGGAGAGGAAGCGUGUCUUCGAAUGAUGAUAAUUUGACCUGUUCUGGAGAGGGAAGUUCACUUGAGGUAGAAGAAGAAGAAACACAACAACAACAACAACAACAACAACAACAACAACAACAACAACAACAACAACAACAACAAGGUGGGGAGAUACAAGCGGCUGCUGGCCCUACAAUGAGAUGAUAGUUUUGACGAUCUUAUACAUAAAUGCUGGAGGCUGGAGCAAUCUUCUUUAAUUAUCUUUCAAAUAAACCUUCAUCUUGCCUUUCUUUGUGAAGUUCUCAAAUUUCUGGCAAUGCCUACAUGGAGUCUACCUGUUCUAGUCUAGAUAAAAAAUUGUGAUGAAAGAAGCUCGAGUGGAUCAGCGGAGAAUUAACUUU